AGUUUAUCAAUCAUCAGUCAUCACAAAUACGAGCAAGAUUUCAUCAAUCAAAAUUUUCUAGUGAAUAAUAAAUUGUAAAUAAUCACGAAUUCUUCACCUUUGUAGUAUUUCCUCAGGCAAGGAAUAUAAGCCAAUAACCAACAACGAGUUGAAUAAUUCAAUUUCGUUUUGACGAUUUACCAAGUAGUGGACAACUUGGAAUGUAAUGAAAGUUGAAAAGUGAGAAGUUGUUUUAAAACUCCAUUACCAUAACUGUGAACAGGAAAAUAAUAAAUUUUCAGGUGGUAUACGUGACUUCCUGAGGAUAAACAAUGGCUGGUAAUAAUCCCUUUGAUAAGUACUUGAAGUCUUUAAAUAUAGCAGGAAAAGAAUACAAAUACUAUGACAUACCACAACUGGGUUGCAACUAUGAUCGUUUACCCUAUUCCAUCAGGGUAUUGUUGGAGUCAGCAGUGAGAAACUGUGACAAUUUUCAUAUAUCAGAACAAGAUGUGAAGAGCAUCCUAAAUUGGGAGACCAAUCAAAACUUGGAAGGAGGCAUUGAAAUCCCUUUCAAACCUGCCAGAGUUAUUCUGCAAGAUUUCACAGGUGUGCCUGCUGUUGUUGAUUUUGCUGCUAUGAGAGAUGCAGUCAAAAGCUUGGGAGGAAAUCCUGAAAAAAUCAACCCUAUUUGUCCUGCUGAUUUGGUUAUUGAUCAUUCUAUUCAAGUGGAUUUUGUCAGAUCUCCUGAUGCUUUGCAAAAAAAUCAAGAUAUGGAAUUUGAAAGGAACAAGGAAAGAUUUGUGUUUCUGAAGUGGGGUGCCAAAGCAUUUGACAACAUGUUGAUAGUGCCACCAGGCAGUGGAAUUGUUCACCAGGUCAACUUGGAAUAUUUGGCUAGGGUUGUUUUUACUGAUAAAAAUACUUCUGUACUCUAUCCUGAUACAGUGGUCGGCACAGACUCUCAUACAACCAUGAUAAACGGUCUGGGCGUACUAGGUUGGGGCGUGGGCGGCAUAGAAGCCGAGGCUGUGAUGCUGGGACACACCAUCAGCAUGUUGUUGCCCCAAGUGGUUGGCUACAAGCUGUACGGAGAAUUGAAUCAGUAUGUCACUUCAACGGAUUUGGUACUUACUGUAACUAAGAAUUUGCGUCAGUUGGGUGUGGUGGGAAAGUUCGUGGAAUUUUACGGCCCAGGGGUCUCUGCUCUUUCCAUAGCCGAUAGAGCUACCAUUGCCAAUAUGUGCCCUGAAUAUGGGGCUACGGUUGGAUACUUCCCUGUCGACCAGAAUUCAUUGGAUUAUUUGAGACAAACAAAUCGGUCCGACGAACAGAUCAGAGUGAUCGAGGCCUACCUGAAGGCCACCAAGCAGCUGAGGGACUACUCCUCCGAGCUGCCCGACCCCGUCUUCAGCCAGAACGUCGGCCUCGAUUUAGCCACCGUCGUUUCGUCUGUCAGCGGGCCCAAAAGGCCCAACGACAGGGUGUCUGUCAGCGACAUGAAAGCGGAUUUCUUGAACUGCCUCACCAAUAAGGUCGGUUUCAAGGGUUUCGGCCUGACCGAAUCGGCCGCCUCCAAAUCGGCCAAGUUCAUGUUCGACGGCAAACAGUACCAACUGAGGCACGGCAGCAUCGUCAUAGCCGCCAUCACGUCUUGUACCAACACGAGCAACCCAAGUGUCAUGUUGGGCGCCGGAAUCUUGGCUCAGAACGCCGUUGCCGCCGGUCUAAGCGUCGCUCCCUACAUCAAGACCAGUCUGUCGCCCGGCUCGGGGGUGGUCACCUACUAUUUGAAGGAGUCUGGGGUGGUGCCAGCCCUGGAGCAACUCGGGUUCGAUAUUGUAGGUUAUGGUUGCAUGACGUGUAUCGGCAACAGCGGCGGCAUCGACGAGAACAUCGUCAACGCCAUCGAGGAAAACGACCUCGUCUGCUGCGGCGUCCUAUCGGGCAACCGCAACUUCGAGGGCCGCAUCCACCCCAACACCAGAGCCAACUAUCUGGCCAGUCCGCUCCUGGUGAUCGCGUACGCCAUUGCCGGUCGCGUCGACGUCGAUUUCGAGACGGAGUCGCUGGGGAAGCGUCCCGACGGCAGCGAGGUGUUCUUGCGGGACAUUUGGCCAACUAGGAAGCAGAUCCACGAGGUGGAGAAGAGGCACGUGAUUCCGGCCAUGUUCAAGGAGGUUUAUGCUAAGAUCGAGACCGGUUCGACGAACUGGCAAAAUCUCGUCGCCCCCAGCGGCCAGCUGUACCCCUGGUCGGCCUCCUCCACCUACAUAAAAAGACCGCCCUUCUUUGACGGCAUGACCAGGCAGUUGGAGCCACCCAAGCCGCUGUCCAACGCCAGGGCGCUGCUCUUCUUGGGCGACUCUGUAACGACGGACCACAUCAGUCCGGCUGGGUCCAUAGGCAGAACUAGUCCGGCUGCAAGAUAUUUGGCUCAGAGAAAUUUGACGCCGAAAGAAUUCAACUCGUACGGCUCGAGAAGAGGCAACGACGACGUGAUGGCACGAGGAACGUUCGCCAACAUUCGUUUGGUCAACAAAUUCAUGAGCAAAGCUGGCCCGAGGACGGUCUAUCUGCCCACGAACGAAGAGAUGGACAUCUUCGAUUGCGCCCAACGUUACGCCAAAAGUGAAACUCCGCUUAUAAUCAUCGCUGGUAACGACUACGGCUCCGGAUCAAGUCGAGAUUGGGCUGCUAAAGGGCCGUUUUUACUGGUGUACAACAUCGACUUGCCCGCUGACCUCAAGCCGGGACAGCAUGUUAGCGUUUCCACCGACAGUGGGAAGAGGUUCGAGGUGCUUUUGAGGUUCGACACUGAGGUGGAUCUGCUGUUUUACAGGAACGGGGGCAUUUUGAAUUAUAUGAUCAGGAAGAUGGUGGAGUGAGUUUUUUUUUGUUGUUUCGUUUUGGUAUUGGCUUAUUAUGGGGUAGGGGAUUUUUUUACAGAGAUUUAUGUAUAAUAUACAAAUAUAUGGUGUAUGGAGAAUAAAGUAGUUACCUAAGG